AUGCAAGACUAUAAAUUUGAUAGCUAUGAAAAUAAGAGCUCCCUUCUAGGUGGCAAGUAUCAAUACAUCUCUCCGAUUCAGGAGGGAUCUUUUGGUAAGGUUACGUUGGCGUACAACACUGAAUUGAAGUGUGAGGUGGCCAUGAAGGCCAUGUAUAAGCACCAACCGGAAAUUAAGAGAAUGGCAAACCAUGAAAUAAAGAUGCUUACGAAGUUGGGAUCCAAGAGCGACAAUAUCUGUCAGUUAUUGGAUCAUUUCGAGACGGAUGAGUAUGUUGUGUUGGUGUUGGAGUACUGCUCUAGCGGAGACUUGUAUGACUUGAUCCAUUCAGGCUUGAACAUUUCUGCAGUGGACUUGUGGCACAUUGCUAAGGAAUUGAGCAGUGGUGUCAUGUAUGCCCAUUCUUUGGGUAUCUAUCAUAGGGAUAUUAAGCCGGAAAACGUUUUAUUCAACUCCUUUGGUAGAGUCAAGUUGUGUGAUUGGGGAUUGUCCACCACCGGCAGACAUUCCAACCAGUUUAAUGUAGGAACAGAGAAGUACUUAGCACCUGAAUGCUUCAAAAAUGAGGAAGAGAAGAGCAAUGGUGACGAAGAUGAAUACGACGACACCUAUGAUUGCAAGUUUGCUGACUAUUGGUCACUUGGUAUUACACUUCUUACUGCGGUGUUUGGCACAUCGCCAUUCAAGCCGGUUGGAGUUUCUUCAUCUUUGGAAUCUGACACAAAUUUCAAGAAUUUCGUUCACUUCGGAAAGAGUGAAGUGUUGUACGACAUUUAUCCAACAAUGAACAAGAACUGUUUUGAAAUCUUUAUGAAUUUGUUGAAAACAGGUGAAAAGGAUGACAAGGAGAACAAGAAUAGAAAGAUCUCUUCAAGAGACUUAAACUUGUUCUUACAAGACUUGGAACUGAAUUGGAAAUUUGGCUUAAGUAUCGACGAAGAAUAUGAAUUAGAACAAUUGGAUGAAGAAGAUAAUGCUAAGAACCAUAAAGAUUCAGACUUAUUUGACAUGGAUGACGAUGACUUAGGAUAUGGCAGCAGCAAGCAAGAUUCAUUGACUGAUCCAACCAAUUACGAUGACGAUGACUCAGAAUUAGACGAGUUGGAAGAUUUUAUUGGUGUUACCAAUUCAAUCAAGAUUCCAAAUAGAAAUGGGAGUGGUACUGCUGGUGGUCAACCGGAGAUGCAUAGAAACACUAUGCACGCUCAUGGCCAUACCGUCAACUCCAUUCCAUCGCUUAUUGAAUCUACUUCUGGUAAGUCGUGGUGUGAUUUUGAUGAUGCAGAUGACGCAGAGGGAGACGUUGAGGAAGAAGAAGAUGAAGAAGGAAAUGGGAAUACACUCAGCUUAUUAAUAGAAGGAUUAAAGGUUAAAAGCGAGUUGAACACAAUUAAGGAAGAAAGAAACUUACCAAUCUCUGGGAAAUUAAGAGAAAUUGGAGUUACUAUACAAGAACGGGAAUUAGAUAACGAAUGGCAUGCCUAUAGAGCGUAG